AUGGAGCUGAAGUGGAUAUGGAUUCCAGCACUAGAAACAGUUCUUUCCGUGUUGAAAUAUGGAUUUAGGAGAUAUCUUCCCAGCACUCCACCUCUAAUCCUCUGUUCCGACGAGAAGGAAGAAUAUAUUAAACACGUGUGGUACUGGGAAAAUAAACGCACGUUGAUUUACGAGAGAAUUGUAACCUAUAUGAAUCUGGUGAUAUACCCAGCCGAUCAGGUUAGCCGCUCCCAUUUCAGUAAUAGCCCGAGUGCAAAACCAUGUAACUUCGAUGGAGCGCCCAGUAGCGAGGUUGCAUACACCAUGUACGCGUGUUUAGUACAAACACUUCUGAAGUUUUGGGAAAAUUUGCAAAUUAUUUAA